CGCUUACUGGGACGGAGGUUGAAGCGAGCAUGGAGGCGGCACCUGUGGCAGCGUCUGGAGCGGACACUGAUGUGACCAUGACGCAGAGUGCUGAUGUACUAGGAAGUGAAAGUGUAGCUCUAUCUGACAAUACAAGAGUGACUUCGAUCGAGUCUCCAAGAGCAGCAGGAGACGCGUCCGAAGUAAGUGCAGAUUCCGCCGGACAGCGGGCUCAGCAGCGCGCCAACUACUCGGUUAAGAAAAAGCGCGAGCUCAUUGCUCUAGCGAAAAUAGCGGGUGUACGCGAGGUUUGUCGGAUGGAAGGCAUACCACGUCGUACACUACGCCACUGGCUGGACGACGCAGACAAGAUCAACAGCUUCGAGGGACCAGACACACGCAAAUCUAUUGGUCGCUCGGGCCGCCGUGAGAUUCUGCCUUUCGGGCGGGAGCUCAGCGCGUUCCUGGAGGAGGGACGACGCGAGGGAAGGGACGUGACGUCAUCGCACAUGAUCGACUACAUCAGACAGAGCCACGCGCAGUGGCUAGAGGGCUACAUGUCAGGAAAGAAGAGCGCCGAGAGCGGUCAAGCAGCACUCGCGAGACUCUGCCAGAGAUUCGUGGAGCGACACGGCUUCACACACACAGGAUCGGCCGCAGGAUCGACGCGACGCAGUGCGACAACAUCUAUGACGAGUGUCGAUACUACUUCUACAGAGUCUAGAGCACCUGUAGGGCAGUCUACGGCGCCCGUACCGCCCUCCAGAGAGCUGCAGCCUGCGAUCGAGCAGUCCAAUGCGCUGGAAUACGAGCCAAAUGACGACAGUUCUUUGCUCUUUGGGCUAGAUAUCGGCACUACAGCAAUUAAAUGUGUCGUGGUGAAAGCCGAAGGCGGCCAGACUAUUGCCAUGGCCAACGUGUCUCUCGCUGAUGUGACCGUACCGACUAAACCUGGUGAAGACGUUGUGGAGAAUAGAAUCGGAGUGCAGAAUGUGGACCAAGUGCUGUUGGCAGUACAAGGCGUCGUGAGUUUGCUACCUGAAACAGCACGAAGGCGAGUCACGUCGAUAGGUAUCUGUGGUCAAAUGCACGGUAUUUUGUGGUGGUGCAGUCGUGCGGUACACGAAGCAGCUGAGCGCUUGCUAGCGACAGGAGGUCACCCCGAUGACGACACGUACGAGCCUGCAUGGAGCGAACUUAUCACGUGGCAGGAUCAGCGCUGCUCGCCUGCGUUCUUGGAAAACUGUCAGAUCAAGAUUGCUCGCUCUAAACCCACAGGGAAUGCUUCACCGCCCUGUAAACUUGCCGCUGGAUACGGACUAGCGUCAUUCGCACACACGUUAGAGAACUCUCCACGCACGCUGACUCGGACUUGGGACAAUAGAGUUUUGCGUGCACUGCGGAUCCCGUCGUCGAUGCUGCCUGCUGUGAAGAAGCCGGGCACCUGUGUUGGCCACAGUUCAACGGGACACGCUGGCUUCGGACUGCCUGCGAGUAAACCCGUAUGUGUCCCCAUGGGUGACCACCCGUGCUCUGUGUUGGCAGCUCUGUCCAAACGUCAGUCGCAGCCUGGAAGCGAGUCCAAUAUAACGCUGGUGAACAUCGGCACGUCGGCUCAGAUGGCCAUGGUUCUGACUGGCGCAGACGUUGCGAAGCUGUCUUCCAGUUCAAAAACUCCAAGCCAGGACAAGUCCAGCUUUGAAGUGCGGCCGUUCCUAACCGAAGACCGCUAUCUGGGCGUUGCGGCGUCGCUUUCCGGUGGCAACACGUUUGCGUGGUUGGUACAGCAGUGGCAGCAAUGGACCAAGGAAAUGGGACUGACCCCAGCAAACAACGACGACAACGAAGAGCAGCAGGCACAACGCGAGGCUGAAAUCUACUCCCGAUUGAUCGGAUUGGGACUGCAGCGUGAAGAGACGGAGCUUACGUUCGCGCCGACGCUUAACGGCGAGCGCGCAGAUCCUGACGCCACCGGUAGUAUCGUGAACCUGCGCAUGAACAACUGGAGCAUGGGCGAUAUCAGCGCUGCACUGUGCCGCGGCCUCGUGGACAACCUCUUCGCCAUGAUCCCCACAGAGCUGCAGUCUCUGAUAUCCGCUCAACCGAUGAUCGGCACGGGCAACGCACUGGUGCGGAAUGAGCUGUUGCAGCGGUUCCUGGUACGGCGCCUGGCUCAGCCACAAAGUCUACUCUUGCAGACCGCCGCCGACGCCGCUGUGGGCGCCGCACUUGCCCCGUCGCUUUUGGGUGGACGCCCCCUCGUUCUGAAUUUUGCACGAACGGGCCCGCGGGUACGGGAGGGAGCGCCCAAGAAGAAGGCGAUACGUCUCGGAAAGGCGAUGUGGGUGCUAGCGGAGGACGUGGAGGGCGUGCUCUCGCUGGUGGAACGGGAAGCAACACCACUGUCGCCAGAAGCGCACCUGGCGCAUGUAUGGACCAACUUGUGUCGGCUGCGCGUCACGUCGAUGAAGAGGUCGCCCCCAAAACGGUGCCAGAUUUGGGCGGCAACACAGGUGGUAAUGACAAGAGGCAGAGACGGAGAGUAUCCGACGCUCGGAGAAGCCUCGAUAGGCAAAGUUGGCGUUGGUGACGAGGGUGCGCGUCAGGUUGAUGAAUGGGCCGAUUGCGUGGAUAACACAGACAAUUAUGCGACAGGGUUUCGCGACGACGCAGGUGCCGACUUUGAGGUUGUGUGUGAGGGUGCAGACCGCGGGGGCGGAAACGAAGAUGACCCGGCAGUCGGAGGUGCCAUGAAGGAUCCAGGUGCACGACAGUUGUCUGGCGACAAGAGUGAUAGCGACAAGCGCGGCAAGUCCGUGAUCGAGGGUCCGUCAAGAACGGACGUUGCGAACAAGGGUGGUGCGAUUGGAAGCGAGGACGGCAACGAUCCCGCAAAUGAUGCAGCUGGUGGCAUGGAUGCUGGCGGCAUGAGCGGUGCUUCUCCGCGCGCGGAAUGUGGAUUGCGUUGCCAAGGCAACCAUGGCGACCAAUCGACGAAAAAGCUCCGUCUGUACUCGCCCCACGAAGUCGACAGAAGCCUUUCAUCGUCUUACGAGGUUGAGGAUAAGAGUGAGACCUGCAUUGAAAACAGCAAGAGGGAGGAGAGCAGCGACGAGGAACUACCUCCGCACCUUCAGCUUGCUGAACCCAAACAACCACGUGUGCGCAGCAGCAGCACGAAGAAGGAGCGAGAGGAAAUGAUUGCCUCUCACACCAAUGUGGAAAAUUACGUCGGGCCAGUUCCACGGAGAGGCUACGCAACCUGGAAGUCUUGGGAAGUUGCGUAUGCAGACUACUGCCGUACGCAGCGCGUGUACUAUCGUGUUCGCACGUCUAAGGACGUUGACGAGUACAAUCGGAAACACAAUACGAACAUUACGACAGACCAGUUCCACAAGUUCUUUUUGAACUACCGGUGUAAGCAUGGUGUCUUCCAAAAGCGUCGUGGUGUGGGUAAAAGGAACUCCACCGUGAACUUCACCGGAUGUCCGGCUCGAUUUGACCUCGAGCUCAUGAACGUGGCUUUAGCAGGAAACUUCAAGGUGGAAGCACCGCUCAAUCGCGGUUGA